AUGGGUUGCCGGGGAAGCAAGGAGAAAUCUCCACAGUCUGGCGCAAAUGGGUACUCGAGCACCACUGUCUCAGGGCAAAACCAAGCUUAUCAACAAGGAGCUGCGGUUCAGACCCACAAGGUGUCCGCUCAAAUGCCUCAACCAAGACCACAACAACAACAGCCAGCGAGUAAUCCUGCACCAGUGAGCAGUGAGGUUGCUCAAAAGAGGCCUGCACCAGUGAGCAGUGGGGUUGCUCAAAAGAUGGACAAUACAAUUCUGGGUAAGCCAUUUGAGGAGAUUAAGCAACACUACACUCUCGGCAAGGAAUUGGGUAGAGGUCAAUUUGGCAUAACGUAUCUUUGCACUGAGAAAUCCACUGGCCAGACUUAUGCCUGCAAAUCUAUACUGAAGAGAAAACUUUUGUCGAAAGGUGAUAGGGAUGAUAUGAAAAGAGAGAUUCAGAUUAUGCAACAUCUUUCCGGUCAACCCAACAUCGUUGAAUUCAGGGGUGCUUAUGAAGAUAGGUAUUCAGUGCAUGUGGUGAUGGAGCUCUGUGCUGGUGGGGAGUUAUUUGAUAGGAUCCUUGCCAAGGGUCAUUAUACUGAGAGAGCUGCUGCUUCCAUUUGCCGCGCGAUAGUUAACGUGGUCCACAUUUGUCACUUUAUGGGAGUUAUGCAUCGUGAUCUCAAGCCUGAGAAUUUCUUGUUGGCAAGCAAGGAUGAGGGAGCUAUGUUGAAGGCCACUGAUUUUGGGUUGUCCGUCUUCAUUGAGGAAGGAAAGGUGUAUCGUGAUAUAGUGGGUAGUGCUUACUAUGUUGCUCCUGAAGUACUACAUCGUAGAUACGGAAAGGAGAUUGAUAUCUGGAGUGCUGGAGUUAUUUUAUACAUUCUACUAAGUGGUGUCCCUCCAUUCUGGGCAGAAACUGAGAAAGGUAUCUUUAAUGCCAUACUGCAAGGAGAAAUUGAUUUCGUCAGUGACCCAUGGCCAUCAAUAUCAGAUGGUGCCAAGGAUCUCAUCAGGAAAAUGUUGACUCAGGAUCCUAAGAAGCGGGUCACCUCUGCCCAAGUCCUUGAACAUCCUUGGCUCAAAGAAGGCGGAGAAGCAUCAGACAAGCCAAUAGACAGUGCAGUUCUAUCCAGGAUGAAGCAAUUCAGGGCGAUGAAUGAGAUGAAGAAGCUUGCAUUGAAGGUAAUUGCAACAAAUUUCUCUGAAGAGGAUAUCAAAGGUCUUAAAGCCAUGUUUACGAACAUGGACACAGACAAUAGUGGCACGAUCACCUUUGAAGAGCUGAAGUCUGGUUUGGCGCGACUAGGAUCGCGGCUCACAGAGACUGAAGUAAAGCAACUUAUGGAAGCUGCUGAUGUUGAUGGAAAUGGUUCGAUUGACUACAUUGAAUUUAUAUCGGCCACAAUGCAUAGACACAAGCUAGAGAGAGAUGACCACCUGCAUAAAGCGUUCCAAUAUUUUGACAAGGAUGGCAGUGGUUAUAUUACCAAAGAUGAAUUAGAAGCUGCAAUGAAGGAACACGCCAUUGGUGAUGAAGCCAACAUAAAGGAGAUCAUUGCAGAGGUUGACAAAGAUAAUGAUGGAAGGAUUGACUACGAUGAGUUUUGCACAAUGAUGAGAAGUAAAUCUCAGCAUCCCGAAAAGCUUUUUUAAGUCACAUAGUUAAAAAGCUCUUUGUUGGCAGAAGUAUUUUAUUUUUCCUUUCAGGUGAGUGCUAUUAUGUUCCAUAAAUCAAUCUGAAGUAGAGUGAUGAGGAGAGUUACGGUCCAUCCAUCUUGGUUUAAUGAGUCCAUCUUUGCUCUUGCUCACAUCCCUGCUAUUUCUCAUUCUCUGGGAUGAUGUAUGAUUGCUUCUCACUCCAUCUCAUUAUCGCAGUUGAUGCCUGCUCGGAUAUCAUGUAUAUUAUGAUUUGGCCUUUGUUCUGUACCCGACAAUAAAGAGGAAGUCUUAUUUUGCGAGUAAUUGCUCAUGACUUUGUGCAUAUGACAAUGCACCUUUUUUUUUUUUUUAUUAUUAUUAUGAAUUAGUGUACGUUCAGCAGGUUGAUUUCUAAUGAGAGUCUAAGUUAAUUUUUA